AUGAUUCUCAGUGCCAAACGUUCGGGCCAUUUUUUAACAAAAUGCCCAUCUCAGGGUUAUCUGAAAUGCAAAAGAAGGCAUCAUACAACUUUACAUGAACUUUAUGCUGCCAAUGGCAAGUCUCAGGUCACUGCUGACUCAUCGCGAAAUAACGAUUUACACCAAUUAGGUGGGCAUGCAGCAGCUACGCUUACAACAAGUAGACCCGUAGAGUUGAAUAAAUCUUAUGGUUUACUAGGAACUGUAAUAAUGACGGUUCUGAAUUCUCAGGGCGUGGAAUGCAUGAUGCGUACAUUACUGGAUUCAGGCUCACAAGUGAACCUCAUAACAGAACGAGCAGCACGAAAACUUGGGCUAACUCAAUUAUCAAGCUCGCUGCAUCUUAGUGGCGUCGGUCAGAAAAACAAGUGCUCAAAAAAAAGAGUCUAUGCACUUAUAUCAUCUAGUGUAAAUAACUACAAAACUGAAAUAGAAGCUCAUAUGUUGCCAACAAUAGUUGCAAAUCAGCCUGCAAUUGAACUGGAUACAUCAAAUUGGGCUAUACCAGAAGGAGUUGUGUUGGCUGAUGCCCAAUUCAACAAACCAGAUCCAGUAGAUAUUCUUAUUGGCGUUGAAUUAUAUUACGACAUGGUUCUGCCAAGGAGAAUUUCGUUAGGAAAUAAUUAUCCAAUGUUACAAAAAACUGUGUUUGGCUGGAUGGUCAGUGGUCGCAUUUCUGGGUUUUCUUCUUCUGCAUCGAUUUGCGGUGUUCUUACAAAUAAUGUAGAGCUCGACCUGCAUAAAUUUUGGGAACUAGAGGAGAUACAGCAAGGUUCGUCGGAUCAAACACUUGAAGAACAGCGAUGUGAGGAACACUUUAAUCGAUCUGUGGCAAGAGCAACUGAUGGCAGAUUCGUUGUGAAAUUACCAUUCAAAGAAGAAGUCACUUCUUUAGGCUAUUCGCAAAGAUUAGCACAGCAACGUUUUUUCGCUGUGGAAAGACGUCUCAACGGAGACCCUGAAUUCAAAACAAAAUACAAUAAAUUUAUGGAAGAGUACAUCAACCUGGGACAUAUGAGUGAGAUUAACCUAGAUGAUAUAAUCCAUCCAUGUUAUUUUUUGCCUCAUCAUGGAGUUCUUCGACCAGAGAGCUCCACCACGAAACUUCGAGUAGUGUUCGACGCCUCUGCACCAACUUCCACAAGCAUAUCUUUAAACCAGUGA